GGCCCGCCUCGCCCCCGCGCGGCCUCUCCGCUUUCUCUCCCGCUUCGCUCCGGCCUCGGCGAGUCUGCAGCGGGGCGCCGGGAAGAUGGCGGCGCGGGGAGGCAGCGCGGGGGGCGCGGGCCUGGGGUCCGGACCCUCUGCUGGGACGGCGGGGGAGGCCGCGGAGCCCGCGCUGCGCCCGGGAGAGGUGGCCGCGCUGCACCCCCAGGAGGUGGCCGCGCGGCUGCAGCGGAUGCGGCGGGAGCUGAGCAACCGGCGGAAAAUCCUGGUGAAAAACCUGCCCCAGGACAGCAGCUCCCAGGAGGUUCAUGACUUAUUACAGGACUAUGAGCUAAAGUAUUGCUAUGUGGACAGGAAUAAGCGAACAGCUUUCGUUACCUUACUGAAUGGGGAGCAAGCGCAGAGUGCGAUUCAGAGGUUCCAUCGGUUUUCCUUCCGAGGCAGAGAGUUAAUAGUGCAGCUGCAGCCCACGGACGCUCUCUUGUGCAUCACCAACCUGCCCAUCUCGUUCACGCUGGAAGAGUUUGAAGAACUCGUCCGUGCAUAUGGGAACAUCGAGAGGUGUUUCUUGGUCUACAGUGAAGUUACCGGCCACUCCAAAGGCUACGGGUUUGUGGAGUACAUGAAGAAGGACUUCGCUGCCAAGGCUCGGCUGGAGCUGUUGGGCAGGCAGAUGGGAGCGUCGGCACUCUUCGCACAGUGGAUGGAUGUUAAUCUGUUGGCCUCGGAGCUCAUCCAUUCUAAGUGCCUUUGUAUAGAUAAACUGCCCAGUGACUAUGGGGAUUCAGAAGAGCUCUUGCAACUUUUCUCUGGUAUCCAUAAACCUGUGUUUUGUCAGCUUGCACAGGAUGAAGGAGGUCAUGGUGGUGGCUUUGCAGUGGUUGAGUAUAGCACUGCGGAGCAUGCCGAAGAGGUUCAGCAAGUGGCAGAUGGCAUUACCGUCAAGGGGAGCCAAGUCCAGCUAUCCUUCUGUGCCCCCGGAGCACCAGGGCGAAGCACUCUAGCAGCCCUCAUAGCGGCUCAGCGCGUGAUGAACAGCAGUCAUAAGGGACUACUGCCAGAGCCAAAUCCGGUCCAGAUCAUGAAAAGUUUGAACAAUCCUGCCAUGUUACAAGUUCUUCUGCAACCCCAGCUGUGCGGACGAGCAGUUAAACCAGUUCUUGGAGUCGCACCCAGCUUGUCUCAUCUGCUGAGUCCGUCCCUCCCCUCCGCGCUGUUACACUUCAGUAAAGCACAGCAGAGCUCGGUGGUGGGUAGUGCGGCACCCUUCCUCCUUCAGAAUCUUUCUCACCUACCUUUGGUACAGCAGCAGCUGAUGAAGUUUGAUAGUACCCAUGCUAAUAAUAAGCCUGGCUUGCUGGGAGACCCUCCCACCAUGGUGCUGCAGCCUGCACUGGCAAUAGGGCCACCGCUGCCCCUGAAAACGGACCUGGGACACCAUGGAGAAGCACACAAAACAUCUAAUCUGAUUCCAACUCAAACGACACUGGCAGCCGGGCUGGGCAUGUUACCAUUCUUCCCACACCAACUCACUGCCGGACAAGCCGGGCCGGGCUGUGGGACCACUCAGGAGAAGCAGUCAGCCUCAGCGGGCAUCACCGAAGCUAGUUUCUCAGGGUCGCAGCAGUAUCUGCAGACCUUCCCAGGCCUUCCUUUUGGAGGCCCGCCGGCAGGCCAGCAGAAAACACAGCAGAGCCAGACAAAAGGCACAGAGGCUGCCUCUAAGAAUCAGACUUCACUCUUGGGAGAACCACCAAAAGAAAUUCGGCUCAGUAAAAAUCCGUAUUUGAAUUUGGCCAGUGUGUUGCCCAGUGUGUGCCUAUCCACUGCAAGUAAAGGCACACCACAGAAGACUGGAAUUGCAAGCAACAUUCUGGAUGCAAUCUCUCAGGGAAAUGAGUCCCAGCACGUACUGGAGAAAUGCAUCACUUAUGCCCCACCUUUCGAGGAUUAUGGCCAGGUGUCCUCCCUGAGGAAUGAGAAGCGAAGCUCCUCCUAUCUCCUCUCUGCCCCAGAAGGCGGCCCAGGAGAACUCGCUGGCCAGCACCCUCAGGACACGGGAGUGAGCUACACAGAGUCCUACUUGAAAAAGAAGCGUGUGUACUGAACUCGUCGUCUCCUGCCCACCUGCUGCGGUCCUCUGCAGCGUCUGCUGCUCAUCGCUGCCUUAACUUCAUCCACACUAGCCAUAUCCUUUCAAUACGGGUGUCUGACUUCCCAGAAGGAGCCGUCAUGCAGCAGGCCCAUCAGCCAAAUACCCAACUAGCAAUAAGAGACGUCAUUGGUUGAGGGCAUUUUCCACUAGCAUUAAAUGUGUCUUAAUCCAUGUGAUAACAGCUCAGCUCACUGGAGAAUCAGCAUUCCAACAGUUCUUGUUUCGGGCCUGGGGACAAUUUGACAUCAUACAGUCUGAAGCAAUAAAUGGGAAACUGUUUUGUUUCCUUAGCCUUAGAAUGAAUUUCCUAUAAGCCAAUGUGCAUUUCCCUUACUCUCCCUAAGAAUAAUCUCAUCCGUAGUCUUUAAGGACCUUUGCCUCCAACAGCAAGGGUGCCGGUACCACCCGUGCAACAGUGAUGCCACAUAGACACUUGAAAUGGAGACUCCACGAAAUACCAAUCCAGUGGCAGAGUGAGAGUAAUGUCACUUCAGAUGCUUGACUUCCAAGGUGUCAUUUACCAUUUAUACCUUUUGUGGAAAACAAAGUACUUCAGGAAAAGUUACUUUGCUUAUAUAAUACAGGGGUUGGCCAAGUACACGCUAGGGCUACAUGUAGUCCACCACCUAGUUUUGUGCUGAUGCUGAAUAAGUGAUUACACUUCUAAAUGCCUGGGGUAGGGGAGAACUCACAACAUGAAACUGCAAUUUUAGUGUCCCCAAGAUUUUAUUUGGAACAUAGUGAAGCUCACUUAUUUACAUAUUAUGUAGUUUUGUAUCACUACAGGAACCAAGUAGCCUCAACAGAGACCCACAGAGCCUGCAAAGCCUGGGACAUUUACUCUGUCCUUAUACGUAAGAUUUGCUGGCCUGUCUCCCUAUUGCUUCUGUCUUAUGGUUAGAAGGUUAACCUUUGAGAGACUGGCACAUGCACGGAGCCAAGGUUUCUGUGCUGUUUCCUAGCACACGGGAGUGAAGAUCUAAUCACUAGACAAGGUGGUGACUCGGCAGCACAGUCCACACGGCCAUUUCUGAAGGAGUCCAUGGACAGUGUGUGGGACAGUUCUGAGCUAAUUAAAGCUCUACCUCACUCUGGUUUCUUUCUCAUUCUUUGGGAGUUAAGCUGAAAGAUUACAGCUAUUUAAUCCAAGUUCCUUCUGGAAGAGUGUGUCUUAAUGUGACUUUUGGCCUCACCAUUUUCUGAAAACCUUGGUAUGAGUUAGAGAAACCUCUUUCCAUCUAGAAGUCUGUUAAGAGAUUACAGCUGAUGGAGAUUGGGAUCUCGGUGAUCCUACUCUAUAGGAUCAGAUUAUUAAAAUACCUUAUGGGGGGGACUUACCAUUUUGACUAUGAUAUAAAUCUCCAGCAUUAAUUAUAAAGUCUAAAACUGGUACAUAUGUUAUACACUACACAAAGAAUUUUACUUGGUCUAAUUUAUUGCAUAUUACCAGCUUCCCUUGAAAAAUGACAGCUAACACAGUAAGACAGUCCUAAGCAUACGACCUCCGGCUGACCAGGAUGAGGCGAGUAGCAGAGACUAACGGCUUCUCCAAGUCUGCAUGGAGAAGCCCGCCCUCCUGCUGCUGCAUCCCGUCUCCUCAGCACUUGGUCAGUUUUACUUCAUGCAAACAGAACAUAGGGAGGAUAGCGACUGCGACCCUGGAGCUGAAAGUGAGGAACCAGCUGAAGAACUUACGGCUCUGCACUACAGCACAUGGGCUCUUCCUCCAUACCAGCCUGUGCCCGUUAUCCCAGGUCAGAAGAGACGUGCAAACCACGUGAUGUUAGUACAAGGUCAUUACAACCCCCAGAGUCUAGGCUGUUAUUUUUCUAUGUUAGCCAAUGGUUUGAAAUGCUUUCAAAAUGCAGACUUAUUAAAAGAAAUAUGCAUGUGAA